CAUUGCUCGCUUUGCGCGCUGCUCCAAUGUUACAAAUGUAACAACUGAAGACUCGUCUGGGUCUGCAUCCCCCCUCGCUAUCACUGCUAAAUUAUAUAUAUAUUUUAAAUGACUGCGGAAUAGACACGCAUGAAGAGUGGACGGAGAGAAGUAGGUGAGGAACUGAUAGGGGAUGCGGCUGGCUGAUUACAGCUGCCACACGUGAUAUGCACAUGAAUGUUAAGUGGAUAUUAUUGGACCUGCACAUACAACAGACUAGUAGUUGCUUCAGUUCAAACAUUUUAGAAAAAAUCAGUAGUAUCAUAUGAAACUGUACUAUGGUAUUCUAAAAUGUUGGUAUCAUGACGUUUUUGUACCGUGAUAUUACAGUGGUAACCAUGUGUAUACCAUGUGUAACAGUAUAACUUUAAACCGUCCCCUCGCCCAUACCCGGGCGCGAACCAGGGACCUUCUGCACACAAAGAAAACAGCCACCCCCGAAGCAUCGUUACCCAUCGCUCCACAAAAGCCGCGGCCCUUGCAGAGCAAGGGGAAUUACUACUUCAAGGUCUCAGAGCAAGUGACGUAACCGAUUGAAACGCUAUUUAGCGCACACCGCUAACUAAACUAGCCGUUUCACAUCCGUUACACUCACCCCCCCUUUUGACCUUUCUCCUUUUUCCGCAGCAACCAGUAAUCCGGGUCAACAGCAUCAAUGUAACAGUAUAACUUUAAACCAUCCCCUCGCCCAUACCGGGCGCGAACCAGGGACCUUCUGCACACAACGACAACAGCCACCCCGAAGCAUCGUUACCCAUCGCUCCACAAAAGCCGCGGCCCUUGCAGAGCAAGGGGAAUUACUACUUCAAGGUCUCAAACGGCUAACUAAACUAGCCGUUUCACAUCCGUUACACAUGCAACACUAAUAUACUGUGUGUGUGUUUUCCGAUCUUGGAGGAGGUAGAGAGGCGCAGGGAGAUCUGUCCAGCCCUGGUGUCCCCCUUCAUGCGUUGCGUCAUGGAGGCUCCUUUUCCCGCCUCUGGACGCACCAUCACACUCAGGAGCUUCCUCCCAGGCUCAGGAAAUGAGGUGCUGAUGCUGUGCCGGCCGGUAGACUCAAGGCUGGAGCAUGUGGACUUUGAGAGCCUGCUGUAGUGCCUGAGCGUUGGGAGACUCCUACAGUGUGCUGACUCGUUGUGGCCUUGCCGCGCUGGUGCUGUUCUACCAAUUCACCUGGCAGCAUACAUUUGUGCCUGUGCUGCCCUCUUGCAUGCUAGACAUCAGCUGCUCUCCCACUCCCUUCCUCAUGGGGGUGCUGGCGCCCUGCCUGCCCAAACUUCUGGAGCUGCCCAUAGAGGAGGUGCUUAUUGUGGAUUUAUGUACGGACAAAUUUGUCAAACAGCUUGUUGAUGAGGACUGUAUCUUGCCCAGUAAGCUUCAGGCUGCACUGCUGGAGAUCCUGGAGGAGAGAGAGCAGAUACUGAGGCAAGAUGAAGGGGAUUGCACAGGAGGGAUGAAAUUCCUACCGAAGAAGUGACAAUGUCAGCUGUCUGGUUGAAAAUGCUUCUGUAGGAGAAGAUGAGGAUCUUCCGCGGGAUUGGCCAAGACGUGUGCAAAUGAUAUCACGGAUAUAGAUAUGUACUUGAAUCGAUCAGAACAUAACGGUGUUUGGCACAUAGGCCCACAGUCUUAGAUAUAGGGCUCGGGUUGAGACAGGAGCAUACUCUUCGUAUUGCCCUAAAAGCACUCCACGGCAGAAGGAAGUGUGACUGUAAUUGGAGGAAAACUGGAAAUGUGCAUUUAUGUGCAAACACGUUUCGAUGAAGACUUGACAUGGCAGAAGAAAGGCAGGAACAACACCAUGUACUUGUGAAAUUUACACAAAACAUUUCAGCUACAAAACUAACCUGUGCCUAUUUCUGUUUUUGCUGUUAAUUUUUAAUCAAGUGUUUUGAGUGUUUGCUCUCAGUAUUAUGGAUAUAGUUAUUUUUAAAUUUAGUUUUGAACUUGUCUAUUUGGAGAAAAAUAAGGUAGGCUACUCUUUUUACCCUUCAGCUCUCUUUUAUAAAACAAUGUAAGAAUAAUUGUAUGCAUGAUUGUAACUUUAAAUAUGACAUCAGUUUUUAAACUGAGGUUAAUGUAUGUUUUCCCUGACAUUUUGAUGUCCUUGACAAUUGUUCCAAGUAAUGUUUGGAUCAUUAAGAUAAUACAUUAUAUUGACAUUUCUAACAGAUUUUGAAUAGCGCAAUUCUGUAUAGCUCAUUCUGUAACAAAAUAUUUUGUUUACAAUGUUUAGUUACUCUUAGUUACUCUGCAUUGUUCGCAUUGUGAACUUAAUGUGACAUUGUAUGAACCUGUUUGAAUACCUUAGCAAUUUGAUAUGACAGAUGAAAGCGCUUCACAAAGUUUGAUAAAAACAUGUUCCCAUGUGGGUUUAAAAAGCCAUAAACAGAGAACCA